AAAUAAAGAUUUUAGCAUCAAUGUGUAUGAAAUUGAUAAUGACGGUAAAAAAAUUGUGGGACCUACAGUUAAAACUCAAGAGAUUCUACCAAACCACGUAAAUAUAUUAGGAAUUAAUAACCGUCAAAAUAUGCACUAUGCCUAUAUUACGUGCAUCGAAAGAUUAUGCGGCUCACAGCAUUCAAAAUCGCACGCAGGAAAAUAUUUUUGUGAUAACUGCCUGCAGUUUUAUACAACAACGAACACUACCCACAAUAAGCUUGAAUGUGGAAAAGUGGCUUCGUACUAUCCUGAGCCGAAUACGACCACUUCUUUCAAUGGAUAUCAUAAGAAGCUAUCACCUCCAGUAGUUAUAUAUGCAGACAUAGAGGCGGUCCUUGAAAACUAUGAGAUCUACUUAAAUAAUCCGGCUACAUCGGAAACAACAAAGGUGCAAAAACAUUCAGCGUGCGCGGUAUCCUUCUACAUUGCACAUAAAUAUAAUCCAACUCUGAAUGAGUUAUGGACAUAUGAAGGUGAAGAUUGCAUUAAGCAAUUUUGUAAAACUCUCAAAGAAAGGACUUUGAGUUUAUUUUACAAAUAUUGGGCCACAGAAAAAAGUCCCAGUACACAGAUCCAAUCGAUGACUUUGACCAAGAAGGGAGUUGCUGUGCCUGUGAAAAGGUAAUCAACGAUGGCGACCUGGACAAACACUUCAACCAAUUUUCUGGGAAAUACGUAGGUCCUAUUCAUAAGAACUGUAAGCCGAAAUAUAAAUUAAGGGAUCCAUUUU